AUGUUUUCUUCUGCAGGCAGAUCAUGGCUGCUGCUCACAGGCUUCAUCCUCUUCUAUAUCAUCUACCUGCUGUUCGGAGCCCUGGUUUUCUCCAGCAUCGAGCGGCCUGUGGAGGACAAGCUGCGACAUGACAUGGAGACCCUGAAGCAGGAGUUCCUGAACCAGAGCUGCGUCAACGCCGCGUCCCUGGAGCGCUUCCUGCUCAAAGUCCUGACGGCCAACAAGUACGGCGUCUCCGUCCUCAGGAACUCCUCCGUCCAGGCUUCCAGCUGGGACCUGGCAUCCUCCAUGUUCUUCGCCAACACCCUGGUCACCACAGUCGGUGAGUCCGAACCACAGACAAAGACUUUUUAGGCGAGAAGAGAGACAGAGAGAGAAAGAGAGUGUGAUACGCUUUUACGCACAAACUUGUCAUUUCAGUGAAAUAGGAAACAGACAAACAUCACAGACGAAGGGAAAGCUUCACUAUGGAGACUUUAAGGGGUCCAGAAACCCAGACGGUCUGGUCCUGUCGGUUCGGUUCUGGCCUUAUUUUGCCACGUGUCUCAAACAUUUCUCAGCCGUUCGUCCAGAAUCUGGAGCUGCUGAUCCAGAAACCAACAACGUGUGUUAGAAACUGUUCAGAAGCAGGAUUAAAGGGUUUAUUCUGAAACUCAACAGGAUCAAAAUCUUUAAAAAUGUUCAUAAAGUUCCUUUUUAACUCUCAGAUAAACUCUCUAAACAAACUUUCUCUGAUUUUCAUCACAUGUUCCUCUGAAUGAAGGUGGAGAAGGUCCAGAUCUGCUCAGAUGGUCCAGAUUCUGAUUAAAGUGUUUUUUUUUAAUAAUUGUAUUUUAUUUUUAGAAUUUACAUCAUUUUUAUUCAAAUAAGGUAGAAAAUGAUCAAACAUGAGGAAAAAACAAAAAGAAGGAUAAACAAAGAAAAACAACAACAGUGUGUCACUCCUUAAAGAAAUCUGUGUCCUUAUAUAAAGUAUUUUAUUAUUAUCUCAGUCUGGGACCCCCUAAACCACCGUCCCCCUCAGUUAUAGUUUCACCUUUAAGGGGUCUCCGUGUGUCCAUAAAGAUUUCAUCAUUCUCUUUAAUUCUUCGUUUAUCCAUCAGAAAAACUCUAAACGUCUCUUUGUACCUCUGAGUGACAGCAGGAGGUCUGUCGCUCGUUUACAUUUUCAGUCCAUAAAUAAGAGUUUAUUCAGUCAUUUAGAUCUUUAACAUGAAUAUGGUGUUUUUUUUAAUCAGCCUUCAGUGUUGGACGCUGAGAGGAACGGUGUAAAGAUCUUCUUCAUGAUGAUAACUGUUCUGUUUAUGAUGCUGAGUCUGAGACUGUUAAACUUCUUCUUAUUUAUGAGCGUCUCUGUCCCAACGAGACGAAAUCAAACUUUUCCUUCAGGCUCAUGAAGUUUCUGGAGUUUCCUAAAGCCUGAGAAAAUGACCCUGGAGAUGUGGGGGAGCUUUGGCAGCUUUGGGAAAUGCCUUUUGUUGGUGGAGGAGCUGAGUUUGGAUUUAUAAUGUUCAGAGAAAAUAUCCACAAAGAUCCUCCAGGCUCUGAACGUGUUUUUAUAACGUCUGUUUCAUUAGCAGCAGAGUGUCAGACUGAGGGGGAUAGGGGGGCCUUUGAACCAGGACUUUGAGGAGACCCCUGUGUCUGUGCCCCUGGGUGGUAGAGAGGUGGUCCACCAUUGAAAAGACUGAGGGGUCAACCUUCAGGUCCAGUCCUGGUAACAAGUUUCUGAAGAGUCUCCUAACAGAGACGAUGAAAUCUUUUCACACAAAACAGCCGCUGUCACACACGUGUGUGUGUGUGUGUGUGUGUGUGUGUGUGUGUGUGUGUGUGUGUGUGUGUGUGUGUGUGUGUGUGUGUGUGAGAAUGUUGGUAUGUUGUGUUAAGGUGCUUUCAGAGGUCAGAAGACUGGUAAUGACGUCUGAAAUUGAAGUGGAUGUAAAUCUGCUGGUUCUCUGACUCUGAGUUUAACCCUUUAAAUCCUGUUUCUGUAAAUCUGUAAACAUGUCAGAUCAGCGUCUGACAGGAAACAGUUCCUCUCUGUUGGAGCUCUGUCUGUAUUUAGUCUUCACUAAAUUAAUGUCAGAUUAAAGUAUUUUUACACUGUCUUUAAAAUUGAAGGAUUCGUGUUUUUUUACGGUUUAUAUUUUUAUCAAACCUCUUUUAUUUUGAUGAAAUUUUUCUCUGAUUGUCUGAGUUUUUAGCCCAGCAGUCAAUAGUUUAAGUGUCUGAACUCUCAUCACUCAGUUCGUUUACAGUCUCAGUUUAAUCAGAAUAGACUCAUAACUCGUCUUUUUCUCUGAAUCAGACUUCUCUCCUCGUCCUCGUUUACAUGCAGCUGAGAAAAUCGAAUUAUUGACGUGAACGUGUCCUCCUCCCCAACACUAGAGGGCGAUAUGGGUCUUUUCAGCUGCGCUGUUUCCGACCCCAUACAACCGUCAACAACAACAGCAGGUCGGUGUCAGACGUCAGAAGUGUCUACAACUGCUGCUGGGCAUUUUGGAGAAACAAGAAGAUGGAGCAUCGUACAGCGUUGUUUUUGUCCGACAUGAUGGACGCGCUACUUUUUCUAAAGAGGAGACCAACGCUACUCCUCUACUCUGGGGUUUUUGUUACGGGGUUACGGGGGCGUGGCAUUGUCCGAUCAUACUCCAACUACGCUGGUUACAUGGUAGAGAAAAUCGAAUUCCAAUCUCAUUAUCAGGGUGUUUUAAUCAGAGUUCUUAAACUCUGAUUAUAGUCGGACUAAAGUGUUUACAUGACCUUCAGUUGUCCGGUCUUUAUCGGAAUAAGGCGAUAAUUCGGUUUUCUCGAGUGUCAUGGAAACGAACUGAGUGGUGCAGUCUCUCUCUCUCUCUCUCUCUCUCUCUCUCUCUGUUGUUCCUCAUUGGUCUGAGCUGAUGGAGGGGCGUGGCCUCACCCAUACUCUGCUGUUAACGAGGAGAGGGGGGUGGUGGUCUUCGUAAAGGUCUCGGGCGAGCCGAAUCCAGAUCUGCUGACUUGACAGAUGCAGGUUUCAGUAAAGUCUCCUUUUGUACCACAGUGGGUGACGGGGCUGAUGGGAAAUGUAGUCUCCAUCCUGGAAACAUGAAAACUCCCUACUGUACCUUUAAUUUAGCUGAGCUGCUCAGUUUUAAUGAGGGCGUUUAUUAAAAAUGAUGAUUUUAUAACUUUAAACUCGUUUUUACUGUCAGUGUUUCUGUUUUAUUGAAAGAGAAGCUCUUCAGCAUUCAGUCAGUCGAGUCCUUAAACUGUAUUUUAUUUUAGUUUUCUGGACUUUUACUGGAAAAAGUCUCAGUAUGUAAAUGAAGUUUGUGACUCAGAUUAAAAAAGUUUACACUGCUGCAGCAGAUUUUAAUUAAGAAGCUUUUAAUCCAAGUCUGAGAUCAAUCUGAGAGAGAAAUUAGAGAAAGUCCACAGGAGUCACACUCUGACAGACAGACGCUCACAUGGGCACCGCGGAAAUGCAGAUUCAUGCAUGAAGCAGAACCGAAGUGACCCUAAAGCUCAGGAGAAGUGAGUUUCACAACUCUGUGAGUGUUUCCUUAAAUGACACCUCAGAUUAACGUCUAAUCUGGAGGUAAAAGCAGAAGAUGGAGAACAAUUUGAGUUCCUAAUGACCGUGGUCAAACUUCUGUGGAAGUCUUUAAAAGAGGAACAAUGAAACUGAUCAUGUUGGAGACGUUCACAGGAGCCGCUCCGUCCUAAUGAUGCUGAACGUCCUCCUUGUUCCUCCUGUGUUUGACUGACUAAAGAUCUGCUCACAAACUUUACUCCCAGAGGUCCGAACCUUUCAUUCGGAUCUGCUCGCUUCAUGUUUUCAGUGUUUUGGAGACACAAAAGGAAUAUUUUCUCCACUGAGCCGAACAGAUCAGCAGAAAAUCCCUUCACUACGCGUGUCCAGAAAAACUCAAACUGCUGCCCGGAGUUUGUGUGUCUAAUCUGAGCGGCCAGAUUAGAUUUCUCCAAAUUAGCUUCAGGCUCCAAACGUUGAUUAACCCUUCCGGGUCCCUGUGGCCGAAUUCGGCCAUUUGACGAAAAAACAAGAGACUUAUUUGGAUAUAUUUUUUUUUUUACUGCAGCAAAUGUGAUGAAUUUUUUUUUCUAAGCUUAAUUUGAAAUUCUACUCGAAAACAUGAAUUCAACAUUUUCACCAGGUCAAUAAUAAAGCCAGGACAAAUUUUCACCCUCCAGAGUCCCUCGUGGCCGAAAAAAGCCACUUUUUUUGUCGGCUGUAAAAUCAUAUUGGAUUAAUAUUUUUUUCUGAUUUUUUUUCACACAUCUCUUAUUUUACUUCUGCCCUGUUCGAAACUAGCAAAUGUUUCAUUGAAAACAUUUUUUUUUAACCCUUUAAGUGCCAAUUUAAGACAAAAAGUCACAAAUAUAGCAAAAAUUUAAGGAAAAUGACCCAUUUUUUUUAUAAAACAUGAUCAGAAACUGGUUAUCUCUUGCAGGGUAUCAAAGUCAUGAAUAUGUCAGAGAUUAGUAAUAUCAUUGGCUUUGAUGCAUUUUAAGUUUUUCUGUAGCAUCAGAUUUAAUGAAAAACUGCGUUUGGCGCCUCCCAGUGGCCAAAACUACUUUGUCUGCUGUAAAAUCAUAUUGGAUUGAUAUUUUUUUCUGAUUUUUUUUCAUACAUCUCUUAUUUUACUUCUGCCCUGUUCAAAACUAGCAAAUGUUUCAUUGAAAAUAAAAUUUUAACCCUUUACGGGCCAAUUUAAGACAUAAAGUCACUUAAAAAGCAAAAAAAAAUGGAAGGAAAAAUUUAAGGAAAAUGACCAAUUUUUUUUAUAAAACAUGAUCAGAAACUGGUAAUCUCUUGCAGGGUAUUUAAGUCUUGAAUAUGUCAAAGAUUAGUAAUAUAAUUGACUUCAAUGCAUUUUAAGUUUUUCUUUAGCAUCAGAUUUAAUAAAAAACUGCCUUUGGCGCCUCCCAGUGGCCAAAACUACUUUUUCUGCUGUAAAAUCAUAUUGGAUUAAUAUUUUUUUCAGAUUUUUUUUCAUACAUUUCUUAUUUUACUUCUGCCCUGUUCAAAACUAGCAAAUGUUUCAUUGAAAAUAAAAAUUUUAACCCUUUAAGGGCCAAUUUUAGUCAUAAAGUCACUUAAAAAGCAAAAAAAAUGGAAGGAAAAUGAAGGAAAAUGACCAAUUUUUUUAAUAAAACAUAAUCAGAAACUGGUAAUCUCUUGCAGGGUAUUUAAGUCUUGAAUAUGUCAGAGAUUAGUAAUAUAAUUGACUUAGAUGCCUUUUAGGUUUUUCUGUAGCAUCAGAUUUAAUGAAAAACUGCGUUUGGCGCCCCUCAGUGGCCAAAACUACUUUGUCUGCUGUAAAAUCAUAUUGGAUUAAUAUUUUUUUCAGAUUUUUUUUCAUACAUUUCUUAUUUUACUUCUGCCCUGUUCAAAACUAGCAAAUGUUUCUUUGAAAAUAAAAUUUUUCACCCUUUAAGGGCCCAUUUAAGACAAAAAGUCUCUUAUGAAGCAAAUAAGGUCAUUUUCCUUCCAUUUUCCUUCCAUUUUUUUGCUUCAUAAGAGACUUUUUGUCUUAAAUUGGCCCUUAAAGGAUGAAAAAAUUUUUUUCAAAGAAACAUUUGCUAGUUUUGAACAGGGUAGAAGUAAAAUAAGAAAUGUAUGAAAAGAAAUCUGAAAAAAAUAUUAAUCCAAUAUGAUUUUACAGCAGACAAAGUAGUUUUGGCCACUGAGGGGCGUCAAACGCAGUUUUUCAUUAAAUCUGAUGCUACAGAAAAACCUAAAAGGCAUCUAAGUCAAUUAUAUUACUAAUCUCUGACAUAUUCAAGACUUAAAUACCCUGCAAGAGAUUACCAGUUUCUGAUUAUGUUUUAUUAAAAAAAUUGGUCAUUUUCCUUCAUUUUCCUUCCAUUUUUUUUGCUUUUUAAGUGACUUUAUGACUAAAAUUGGCCCUUAAAGGGUUAAAAUUUUUAUUUUCAAUGAAACAUUUGCUAGUUUUGAACAGGGCAGAAGUAAAAUAAGAAAUGUAUGAAAAAAAAUCUGAAAAAAAUAUUAAUCCAAUAUGAUUUUACAGCAGACAAAGUAGUUUUGGCCACUGGGAGGCGCCAAAGGCAGUUUUUUAUUAAAUCUGAUGCUAAAGAAAAACUUAAAAUGCAUUGAAGUCAAUUAUAUUACUAAUCUUUGACAUAUUCAAGACUUAAAUACCCUGCAAGAGAUUACCAGUUUCUGAUCAUGUUUUAUAAAAAAAAUUGGUCAUUUUCCUUAAAUUUUUCCUUCCAUUUUUUUUUGCUUUUUAAGUGACUUUAUGUCUUAAAUUGGCCCGUAAAGGGUUAAAAUUUUAUUUUCAAUGAAACAUUUGCUAGUUUUGAACAGGGCAGAAGUAAAAUAAGAGAUGUAUGAAAAAAAAUCAGAAAAAAAUAUCAAUCCAAUAUGAUUUUACAGCAGACAAAGUAGUUUUGGCCACUGGGAGGCGCCAAACGCAGUUUUUCAUUAAAUCUGAUGCUACAGAAAAACUUAAAAUGCAUCAAAGCCAAUGAUAUUUCUAAUCUCUGACAUAUUCAUGACUUUAAUACCCUGCAAGAGAUAACCAGUUUCUGAUCAUGUUUUAUAAAAAAAUUGGUCAUUUUCCUUAAAUUUUUGCUAUAUUUGUGACUUUUUGUCUUAAAUUGGCACUUAAAGGGUUAAAAAAAAUUGUUUUCAAUGAAACAUUUGCUAGUUUCGAACAGGGCAGAAGUAAAAUAAGAGAUGUGUGAAAAAAAAUCAGAAAAAAAUAUUAAUCCAAUAUGAUUUUACAGCCGACAAAAAAAGUGGCUUUUUUCGGCCACGAGGGACUUUAGAGGGAAGUCAAUCUAAAGAGCCCGGAAGGGUUAAGGCUGUGAGUGGAGCUCGAACAGAGAACGUGUUCAGGAAAUGGAAAUGAAACGCUUAUUUCUCUGGAGUGUAAAAGACUUUUUAAUGAGCGAGAGCCGAACACAAUGAGUCCACUUCAUCUGAGCAGCAGCACACAGUGUCGUUGUUAUUAUUAUUAUUAUUAUUAUUACAUGAUGGAGUCCCUCACAGUGACUCUAUUGUGUGAACAGCUGACCUCUGUGUUUUCUGUGUUUUCUGUUGAAACCCUGAAUCUUAAAGAUAUAAAUACUCCACCGUCGGAGAGUCCCUGCAGACAAAGUGACGUCACGUUUGUGGUGUUCGGGUCCGAGCGCUCUUUUCUAAACUAUCAUCUCACUGAACAAAAGCAGGUCUGUCCAGCCGCUGAGCGAUAACGCCGUCAGGUUGACGGUCGUUCAGCUCCUGUCCACAGAAAUAACAUUUCACUUUUCUGCUUCUAUGUGUGUCAAACUCUUCAAACAUGUGACCCGAGAGUUUCAUCCAGUAACCUGCAGUAACGCCGAUCCCAACAAAGACAGCUUUGUUCUUCCCUCCUCAGAGCAGUUUCUACUUAAACACGACUCUGUGUGUCAGCGGGCUUUUAGAAUAUAACCCACCUCCUGAAGUGAGUCUGUUUUUUCAAGUCAGAUUAUAAAAAGAGGUGUAGAUGUAUUCUGUGGUCAGUGGUGGUCUGUGAUCUUCUGACAUGUUUACUGUGAGAAACUGUUUUUUUGUAGUCAGCUCAGAGAAACUUCAGAGGACUCUAAUAAAGUCAGCUGUUCCAGAUCUUUUCCCGCUUAAAUCAGAAUAAAUGUUGUUUUUGUUCAAACACUGAUGCAGGUCUGGGUUAGUGUGAUAGUUUGUCUAAUCCCGGUUCAUUUGGAGAAAGUCUCUGUCGUCAGUUUGUGAAGUUUAGUCGGUUUCCUCCUUCUUGUCGUCGUAUUUUAAACCACAGCAGCUGUUUUUAGUUCUUCCUGAGAGGUAAUCAUGUGCUGCUGUUGGCUCCUGACUGACAGCCGCAGCAGCUCAACCUUUUAUUAAUCGCAUUAAAAGAGUUGAUGUAAGAAGCUGCUGCAGCGGUUUCUGUGUGUGAGAGAAUAAAACUUAUUUCUGUGUUUUCAGACCAAAGACCGUUUUCUCGUUUUUCCUCCAGGCUCUGGACACUAAAUUAGACACAGUGACGCAGCUCUACAACAGUCCUUUUUAUCAUUAUUAUUAUUAUUAUGUGUGAUCCACAUUUCUGAUCAUUUUUAAAGAAACUUCUUUGUGUUUCAUUCAGAGUUUCAGGUUUUUUUAAAAGCUGAUUCUGACGACAGCGAGUCUGAGUUCAGUUUAACUUCUGCGGCUCCAAACUCUGAAUCUGAAAUCCUCUGAAGAACUUCUGUGACUGUUUAACGGGACAGUCCUGACUCAGUGUAGGUGUGCAGGUUAAACUCUCAACACUUCAGGAUUAGGACGACACUCAGAGUAACCCUGGUUUGGAGCAGCCCUGAUGUCGGCGGAUUUUCUUCUUCCAGGUCCAGAACAUGCAGCCGGACUUCAUCAUUUUUCUUUUUUCCGACUCAGUGAUGACGACUCUGUAGUGUGGCAACAGUGGAGGAGGUUCCAGAAAAGCUGUGCAUUUUGAAAAAGGAAAGAGGGACGUUAAAGUUUGAGACACAGAGAGUCUGAAAUCAGAGUUUGUGAAAAAGUAAAUUUAUCAGUGAGUCGUGUGACGUUUGAGAGGGACAGUGAGGACGUCCUCUCUCCAAACACAGACAGGGACCCUGAAGCAGCUUUAAAGGACGAUGACAGCUGAACGGUUUAAGAGUUAAAACCUGAAAUAUUCAGACACAGCUGACUCUCUCUCUCUUUCUCUUCGAUGUCAGACUUGAUUAUCUGAUCUUCUCUUCCUCUUGUGACCCCUCUGUCUGUCUGUCUGUCUGUCUGUCUUUCUGUCUUUCUUUCUUUCUUUCUUUCUGUCUGUCUCUUCUGUCUCUCCCAGGUUAUGGUCACAACACCCCUCUGUCUGACACCGGGAAAGCCUUCUCCAUCAUCUACGCCCUGAUCGGAGUCCCCUUCACCAUGCUGGUGCUGACCGCCUGCGUGCAGAGGCUGAUGUACCCUCUGGUCUUCGCCCCCGUCAGCCUCCUGCAGCGCUCAGGCAUGGAGGCCCGGUCCGCCACCAUCCUCCACUUCAUACUGCUGCUGGUUCUGGUGGUGCUGCUUUUCUUCGUGGCGCCGGCGGCUGUGUUCAGCGCCGUGGAGAUGACCUGGUCGUUCCUGGACGGCAUCUACUUCUGUUUCAUCUCCCUCUGCACCAUCGGACUGGGGGACUUUGUCCCGGGGACACAUCCGACCCAGAAGUCCAGGCCGCUGUACCAGGUCGCUGUCAUGGGUGAGUUCUGAGGGUUUGAAAAAAACUUUCAUAGUUUCAUCGUCUUUAAGAAACAAACAUCUUGAAGUCUGUGGAGUGGUUCCUGUCUGCGGUCCUCUGACGGGUCGAGUCUGUCUGCCGUGAGCUUCUAAACGCCGCUCUGUCUUCCUGUGUUUUUGUUUGUGUGAUUAUUUCCUCUUUCUGACUUCACGGUGUCAGACGAACUCCUCUGAGUGUUUCCACAGUCUCGUGGUCACAGCGCCCGGCUCACGUACUUCUCCUCUGUGACGUGGAUUGAUGGUGUUUGAUAAGAAGGUGGUGUCUCCUCCUGAUGACGAUCAUGUCGGUCUGUGUUUACUGAGAGCUGUCAGCUGUGACGGAGUUGUUUUUGUCUUAAAUUACCGACAAACUGUGAAAUCUCACCCACUGGAGUCAUUUAGCACAGACCUGUUACAGAUCAGAGACGGGUCUCCUCACAGAAACCCUCCUCCCUGUCUCGGUGCUCUCGUAGUUUUAGGUCUGUAUAUGAUUCUUCAUGAGUAAAUAGUUGUAGGUUAAAAAAACAAACACUGUUGAACUGUUUGUGUUGAGUCAGUCGAGUGCAGAGUCCUCUGUUUAUGGAGGUCUGAGUGUAAGAUCCAGGUCUGAGUGUAAGAUCCAGGUCUGAGUUAGGGCUUCACACAGAUCCAGUAAAUCUGCAGGAAACAUUGAUAACUCUUCUUCAGCUUCUCUGAUGUUCGCCUGUGUGUGGGAAACACCCACGGUGAGUUUUUGAGUGACUGUGAAAGUAAAGAGAACUUCUGUGUUCAUGUGGAAACGCUUCAGAGCAGCUUUGAGUGAAAUCAUUUAAAUUUUAGAAACAAAGCAAACGGCCGGGAGGAAGAGUGAUUAAACCGGAACAAACCGGUUUUUACAUCAUCGGAAUAUAAUCAGUGAAAACAGAAAGUCUCUGACCUCCUCAGAACCAGAUUUCAUCUCAUCAUCACAAACACUUUCAGUUUCUUCGCUCUAAAGCCUCAAACAGAUCAUCAAAGUCUGUUUAAUGUUUCUUAACUGUUGUGUGAAAACUGAGUACGGUGGCCCAGAGCCGCUACUGCUGCAAAUAAAAAAAGAACACAAUGUAAGAUAAUGACACAAAAAAUGUGGCGAUGGAAAAAGGAAAAACAAAAAAAGUUACUGUGAAAAUAAAAGGAUCCAAAUAAAAAAAGCCACAAGAGAAAUGAGCUGUCGGGGACCGUUAAUGAUGAUGCACCGGUGUUUUACGAUCUAGGUACAGAAGACGACGGCGAGAAGACGAGCAAAGAAGAUCGUGGAAAGGUUAUUGUUUAAUUUCACUUUGUAAACUUUUUAAUGUGUCGUGGUUAGACGGUGUAGCGCCUGAGUCUCUACGACUCUACACCGACAUCCUCCAGUUUAACUUCAUAUCCACUCAGGCGCUACACGGUCUAACCACGACACAUUAAAAAGUUUAAUUAAUCAAUAACCUUUUCCCUCACUUCUUUGCUCGUCUUCUCGCCAUCGUCUUCUGCAUAGACAUAACAUACGUAGACGCCUCAAAGCCUGACGCUGCCAACUGGAGCUCACAUAUCAGCGCGGCCGCCAUCUUGGAUUUGUGAAAUAUAAUCCUACAUAAUCUGGUUUCAAUACGGCGUUGGUUUUUUCAACCAUAGAGUGCAAAAAUACGGGAACAGUUGCUCGUUCUCCACAUGUAUGAUGUCUAAGGUCUUCUGUGUCUAGAUCGUAAAACACCGGUGCAUCAUCAUUAUCGGUCCCCGACAGCUCAUUUCUCUUGUGGCUUUUUUUUAUUUACAUCUUUUUAUUUUCGCAGUAAGUAACUUUUUUUUUCGGCAUCAACACUUUUUUUGUGUCGUUAACUUCCGUUGUGUUUCUUUUUUUAUUUGCAGCGGGCUUCAGUUUCCUUUUUUCGCUUUGGUAACUUUUGUUGUGACUUGUUUUUUCUUUGCAGCAGUGGCUGUUCUCAGCCACCGUAACUGAGAGUGUAACCACACACUCAUACUCACACACUGACACACUCACACACUGCAGUUGUGUUGAAAUGACGGCUAACAGGAGUCACAUGACUCUGAGUGUGGUCGGGUUUGUCCUGUGAGGGUCACACUGGGCUGCUACAUGCCUGCAGAGCUGGAGAGAAGGACAGAUGAGGAAUCGGGGGUCCUGCUGCACAGACUCAGAGAUGACUCCGCUCUUCGUUUCUCUUCUGCAGAAACUCUUUAAAAAAGAAAACCUGCAGGUUCACCGCUGAGUCCUGGAAACUCCGUUCUAGUGUGAGGACCUGAAUCCAGCACAGAGACUGGAGGAGGUUUGGUUCACGUUGUGAUAAAUCCAGAUCAGCUCUGUUAACCAGCCGCCCUGGAAAAUGCUGACUCAUUCUGACUUUGGGUCAACCUACGAGAGUCAAAGAGGCGGAGUUUAAGGCGGACCUUUACCUUUCCCUUCCUCACCUGUUGUCAGCUCUCAUUGUAACUUCAGUCCAGAAAACUCCCGACUUUAAAAACCGUCUCUGCCUGUUCAGAGAAACGAGUCAGAAGACCAGAACCUUUUAAAAACUCCCACAGGUGACGGUGGAUCAUGACUCGGCCUCAGAGGACGGCAGAUCUGGUUUCAGUCUCCUCUGCAGGAUGAGUGUUUGCAGCUCUGGGAGCAUCUGACCUUCUCAGCCGUGUGUGCCGUCUCAUUUCUCACCUCUGAUGUGAGAAGUUCCACCUCUCACUGAGUCAGAGGAUGACCUUUCAGCUCCUCAGACGUGAAACACGGAGAACAGACGUGUUAAUGUGAAAACCUGAUGAUGAGUAUCUGCACAGAGUCAUCUCAGAGGAGAUCUUUGUCUGUGAAUCGUCUCGUUAAAACUGGAGGAAGUGAACCAGUAACCUGAGCGUGAACAUGACGGGGCGUUAAACUGGAUUUUAGAGUAGAUGGUUCCUCAAAGAGAAUCAUGAGCUUCAAAGUUUCACCCGUUAGAAAUCUUCUCAUGUUAUUUUUAGCGUCAUCGUCGUGGUUGUAAUCGUCACCUCAGCCUCACAGACUUCUUCUUUUCUAUUUUGAGAGUUUCUUUGCUUCAUCAGAGACACGGUUUGCCGUCAUUUUGGAAACAGUUUCUUGAACGUGUUUUUUUUAUCGGUUACUCAGUGAGUCAUGAUGUUUAUUCACCUCAUUUCCUCCCUGCAGUAAAGCUGCAAACAGACGUGUGCGGCGUGCUCCUCCGGCUCCUCUGUGUCUGUCUGUCUGUUGAGAGAGAGAGAGAGAGAGAGAGAGAGAGAGAGAGAGAGAAAAGAUGAAGCAGCAGACAAAAUAAUGUUCAGAGUAGAGCUGGGCGAUAUGGGAAAAAGUUUAUCAGGAUAUUUGUUUUCAUAUCAGCUGAUAUGGAUCAAUAUCAGGAUAUAAAAAUCUAACAGAGUUUAUUGGUCUCAUGUCUUUUCCAACACAAUCAUCUCCUGCAUCUGUGAGGUCUUUGUGUCUCUUUGGCGUUUUGUCGUAAGGCGUCGCUCUAGAGAAAGCCGACUGAAUGGUCGUCUGUUUCAGGCGCCAUGGGCUCCUCGCUCCUCUCGGGGUUUGUAACCUUUGGCGUUGCGCGUGCUCUGCGGCGUGGCGCUGCUUCAGGUGGUGAAAAAGAUUUGAGGUAUUCCCCGACUUUGUGAGAACAUGUACUCGACAUAAUUUACAGUCCACAUUACUCUGCUUCAUGUCCGACCUCCAAAAACCAAAAUACCUCCACACCACCGACGUUUUCCUAACGCCAGUGUUGUGGUUGACAUUGAUGUGGUCAUCUGUUGAGCCUUCAUGGUCAUUUCUGUCGGGGGUAGCACUCAUUUUCUUUGUUUCUCACCAACAGUGCUGUCGGCUUCACCUGUUAAAGUGCUAUGGUUGGGUGGAGCUGCUGUCUGCUACGACGCUGCAGUUGGUUGAUACUUGGUUCUGAUUCAGAACAUGAUUGGUUCAGACCCGGAGAAACGCCCCUUUUCAUUGGCUGUUCGUAUAGUCGACCAAAACAUGUCAGAAACACGCAAUGACCGUGUUUUAUAUUGAUAUUGAGGGAAAUUGAUUUUCGAUGUUUAUCGUCCAGCCCUAGUUCAGGGUCAGAGUCAAAACAACGUCUUGAAAACUGAAUCAGAGGAUCGUCAGCUUUAGAGCAGAGUGGAAACCCCCAUAAUGUGUUCAUAAUGAUGUGUGUUUUCACCCGGUCUUGACUCGGUUCCCAGUGUGUGUUUGUUCCUGAUUGAAUAGAGACGUUACCGUCACAUGACGGCGGUCAGAGUCACUUUCAGAGUCGCUCUCUUGUUUUGGGUCUUUGUCUGAAACUGAAUCAGAGUCUAAAAGUAGACGAGCUCUUGUUUUCUUCCCUCUGCUCGUGUCUCGACAUGUUUUUACGACAAGUCUCUGUGAAUUGACCCUAAAAUCCAAACUUGACUUCCUGUUUUUCUUUAAAAAGUGAACACUGAGUCGGACUUGGAGGAUUUUCUGGUCAGCAGGAACCAAACGGACACGAUGGGAGCGGCAGCGUGUGCUCCUCGGUGUCCUCAGCUAAUCCCUGGAGUUCAGUUUGGAGGGAGUUCACACGGAGCAGCCGGGUUGUUGUUUUUCCUCGUCCCACAGGCUUUCUUAUAUAACGGUGAUGAUGAGGAUGAUGGUGAUGUAGGUCGAGCUGAGUCAGAUUAACCCAAACGGGCCCUGCGGGUCCUGAGGAGGAUUAGUGACCGACUGAAGGACUGAAGUGUGUUUCUCACAGCGUGGCGAAGAGACGGUGUUUCAAACGGUUCCUGUUGUGGACUCAGAGACUGUAAAAUAAAAUCAGGACAAACUUUGAGAUGUUUUUAUUCUAAUCUGUCAUAAUCCAGCACUGAAACAUAAAAACUUCUCUGAAUAUAUGACCUGAAAAACGAAGACUGUGGUUUGAAGUGGAGGGAGAGAUUUCUGAGGGAUGCUGCUCUCCUGGCCUUCAUGGUUCUCCACUCCUGUUUGUUUUUCCUGCUGAUGGAGUGAAGUGAAGAAAAGUGAAGAAAACAAAAGUUUAAGGACGAGAUUUUUCAGGUAGAGGAAGCAGAUUUUAUAAAAAACAUCAGCUGUGGUCGUUUUUCUCCAACAGAAAUGUGUGUCAAUACUUUUCUAUGAUGAUGAAGAUGAUGAUGAUGAUCUUCACUUUGAGGUCACGCAGGGCAGCGGCUCCAAACUUGUUCAAACUUGUUCAAACCUUUUAAUCGACUCAAUGCCUAAAAAUGCGGCGCUUCAGUCCUGCUGCAGAGUAAAUAUUUCGGUCUGUAGUUUUGGAGUUUGGACGGUCAAAGUCUGUUUUUUUCUCUUUUAAAGCAGGAAAGAUCAGAAGUUUGGACCUCUGGAGUAAAGAGGAGUAAUGAGGGAGGAUAUAUAUGGGAUUAAACGUAAUGUAGGUUUCUCCUGCAUCAGGAGACUGUGCACCUCCACACUGAGGGUCCCGCUCCGGGUCUGAGGCCUCUGUAAUCCUGCAGUGUUGGCCUACUUGUAUAAAGUCCCGGACCUGAACUCUGGUUCUGUUAAGUGCAGACAUGUGACGGACGACAAACAGACGAGUCAGAGCAGAAAUCACAGACGCUGACAGGAUCACCUUUGACACCAUCUCCUGUCCGCCUGUUUUUGAGCGAGAUGAAAACGCCGACGUAGUUUCAGACUGAAACUUUAACAUUUCCAGACCUCCACCUCCACCUCCACCAGCUUCUCUCCCUGUUUUGAUCAAACACCAUCAGACCUGCUUUUAUUUUCCAUCCCUCUUUAUGUUUCCGACUCUUCAGGGUCAGUCUGCAGCUCACUGUUUCUUGUUGCUCUGAUGAAGUGAUGACCCCUCUCUCUCUCUCUCUCUCUCCUCUCUCUAGUCUACCUCUUUGUGGGUCUCAUGAUGAUGUACCUCCUGCUGCGCACUUUCCAUAAAAUGGCCGACCUGCACGGCCUGACCACCCUGCUGCAGCUGCCGCGCUGCGAGGAGUCGGACAUGGAUGAUGAAACACAGCCUAUCGUGGAGAACGGACACGCCAACCAGAGCAGCCCUCAUGUUCGGGGGAAAGAGAGCAGUAAGACCCUGGACUCGGGAUCACAGCCGUCCUACAACACCAUCAACAAAGGCUGA